AUCCAAAGAAGUCUUAAGCAGCAGAAGGCGCACUUCUGGAACACACCACAAAAAACAUCUGCCAGCAAAGAAAGCAAGGUCUGAUGUCCAGGGCCAACCACAGCAGGCUACCCCGCCACGAAGAUUAUCUACUGUUUGUUCGGUGCCCCCACUCCAAAUUUUGGACACACCUCCAAGACGCCAACCACACUCCCCUCAUCUUGAUUCUUCUAGUCCUGGUACCAGCAUCCCUCCACAACAACAGCAACACAGUGACAUGGAUGACACAAUCAUGUUAGAAAUGCAUCCAGUAAUCAAAGGAAUCAGCCACCCAGCACCUGUGAGUACUCCACCACAGCAAAGCACACCACCACCCCAACACAGCCCAACAACACCAGUAACACAAGGCCCUGAUGAAGUGUUCUGGACCAUUUGGGCUAGACAGCAGGCCACUAAUGAAGAUUGCCUGCGUAGGCAGACCCAAAUGUUUGCAAGCCUACCAUCUCGCCUCAGACGAAUCAGCAGAAAUCUGAGUAGACAAAAUGAAACAAACACAAGAAUUGCAAAUACCAUGGAAAUCAUGCGUGCAGACAUUACACAUGUCAUGGGCAACUUACAGCGCAUAAUGGAAGAACAGCACAGACAACAGCAAAGCUAUAUAAACAUUUUAGAAAGCAAUCAAAUGAUCAAUGAAUCCAUGUCCAUAAUUGUAGACAAUCAAAAUGUUGCAACACGUGAACUCAAUGCCACCCUCACUAACCUCAAUGAAACACUCAGAUCCCUGCAGCAACAGCAAGCAAGCAGCAGUUCUGGUACGACUACUCCAAAUGUAACGCCAGUGUCAUCACCACCAAGGCGCUCCACCGGAGCACGCCAACACGACAGUGGUACAGGCAAAGGCCAGGACAAGCAACCACCCAAAUAAACAUUUUUAAAAAAAACGCACCCAUUUCUUUAAAGAGAAGAGAAACAAAACACUUACCAAGUGUAUGAUUAACAGAAUAUAUAUAACACUU